UGUUUUUGUUGUCACACCUCUUUUUAGUCAGGCUACGUGGUUACUAGUAAGCAUUUAUUUUAAUCUUUUUUCUUCUAAGUCUCGAAUAUUAUAAUUAGGGUGGACGAACGACAGCACUUAACGGCUUAAUAAUGUCAUGAAAGUCGUUGAAAACCAAGGUGUUUGUUUGCAGGUGUAGCGGGCAGUUAUGUCCUCUAAGGAAGAUGGUCUGUCCUCGGAGGACUUGAGGAAGAGACUCUAUCAAACCUUCAAAAACAAAGGAGUGCUCGAUACACUCAAAGCACAGAUGCGGAAUCAGCUCAUCCAGGAGUUGAAGCUUUCACCUCUGACAGGACACGAUCAGAGAUCAAUACCUGUGAAACUCGAACCACUAUUAGUUUCAGCGUGUAACAGCAUAGUGGUGGAUCACCUCCGCAGCUCGGGGUACGAGUACACGCUGUCUGUGUUCUGCCCUGAAAGUGGUUUAAGUAAAGAGAAGGUUUUCAAGAAAGAAGACCUUCUUCAGCUUCUCAAAAUUAGCCCGGAAUCAGCCCUGUAUACAUAUCUGUCAAGUAAAGAAAACAGCAAUAAGGGGUUCCUGCUCAGUCUUUUAACACAGCUCACACACCAUUAUACUCACAGUCUCCGCCAAGACGCUGACGUCCAGACAAGUGCAUCAUCAACUUACGGAGAGUCUCUUGUUGAGAAGAUGAAAGUCAUUGAUAAGGAAUAUGAGCGCACACGUUGCAGUGAAGACAAAAUGUUUUCUUUCCAAUCAAAACUGGCUUGCUACAGAAAAGAAACGGAGGCCCAGAUGGAAGCAGAAAUGAACACAAAGCUGCAACAUUUUAAAGAAGUUGAAAUUGCCAAAGUAAGGAUAGAAGAAAAGAGCAAAUUUCACAAAGAAUUUGAAAAUUUGAAGCAAGAACUGGAGAGAACUUACGAAAUGAAGGCAAAAGCACUGAUGGAGCGAGAGAAAAAUGCUAUUGAAAGGUUACAAAAACAGCAAGAGAUUGACGAAAAGGGUGUGUACAUGCAAAGACAGUCCAUGUUGAAAGACAUUGAAUCACUACGUAACAGAGAAAAUGAGCUGAGGAUGAGGAACGAAGCUUUUGAAAAGACUUGUCAGAUUCACGCGGAGAAAGUCAAAACGACCGAAGAGCUGUUGAGGAGGAGAGAACUGGCCGUGAAGACCAUGGAGGACACGUAUGACCAAAGGCUGAACAAUGAACUUUCCAGGUGUCAGCUUGAAUUGAAAGAGGAAUUCAUCAAAAGAACAGAAAAACUCACAGAAAGUGAGAACAGAAAUAAAGCUGAAACUGUUCGAAUCCAGAAGGAGGCAGCCAUAAUUGACUCCAGAUUAGAGGACCACAACAGAACAUGUUCAGAGUUUACACGGGUGCAGUUGGAACUAGACACAGCAAAGCAGCAGAUUUCUCUGCUGACUCAACAGAAGGAGCUGUUGACGGAAAGACUGGAGAGCACUAGCGACUACCCCAGUUUGAGGAGAGAGAAAGCAGAGCUGCAGGGGCAGAUGCAGCUGCUCAAGAAACAGCUGGAGGAAGCCCAAGAGGAGAACCGGCAUCUACACGCAGAAAUGUCCAAGCCAUCCAAAGAGCAACUGGCCUUGCAGAUGGAACUUCAGAGGCUGCAGAAUGCUCGCAGACUGGACGAGGAAGAGUUUGACAACCAGAAGCAGCUGCUGCAGGCGCAGCUCCAGAAUGAGGUGGAGCGAUGUGCUCAGCUCAAGGCUCAGCUGACGGACUGUGAGGAGAGGUCACAGUGGAUGACUAACCACGUUGAAGACAUCAAGAUGCAGCUUCGUCAAACUCAACAAGCACUUGAGAAUGAGGUACUGCGUAACCCCAAGCCGUCUCUCGUUGAUCGCUCGGUCCUGCAGCUCAGCGCCGACGAGCUCGUUCCCCCUGACAUCUAUGUGGACAGAGCCCUGCUGAGGGCCAGGGGGGGUUACAGCCAUGUUUACGAAGCAGGCGGGCCAUCGCGAGGGCACAAGUCGCCAUGGAAAGAUGGUCCCGACCCCGACAUGGAGAUGGUGGUAGAAGCCAAGACUCGGAUCCAGGAGCUGCAAAGGGAGGCAGAGAGUUUGGAGGAGGCCUACAGGAACUACCAGCAGAGGGCGGUGCACUCCACCAUCUCACACAUGCUUCCUCCAAGACCCCUCUCCCCCCAACAAGCAUUUCCCGCGAAUCGUGCCAGCUCAGCUCUCAGAAAACAAGACUCUCCUCAUUCAACUGGCAAACUAAAGACCUCAAUCAGACAAUCUCCUCAAAGUGUCAAAUCCCCCGUGUUGGUAUUCCAAGACACCAGAGACUCUUUACCACCAGCACAGCUCCGAGUUACUUUCUCAGAAGACCACGAUCAGCCCCAAACAACAGUUCUCACCCACCCCAGUCACCACUCUUUGACUGAACCUGUAUUUCUAAGAGAUGAACGACCUCAGGAUGAAAGAUCUGCAUCCGAACAUGUAACCUGCCCACCAGAGUCCGGUUCCUGGAACCGAGUUCAGGAAACGAGUGGAGGAGGGGCAGGUGUGUCUCCGGUUGUUUUCCCUCAGCCGCAGCCUGACAGACGGCCGUCUUGUGAGGUCGAGGACACGUGUGACUUUUCCCCCGAGUUCAGUCCUGCUCGCAGUCCCCAGCUCUGGAGCACGGCACGAGAGCAGUCCAGUCCGCCCAAGUUAGAGUCCGAGUUCCCCAGCUCAGACUCUUCCCCACAGCCUGAGAAGAUAAACCUCGAAGAUCUCACGGGGAUAUUGUCAGAGCCCGGCCACAUUCCAGAGCUUCUCCUGGACACUGCCGUCCCUCUUUCUGAGGAGGCCCCUGACCGUCCCGCUGCCCCCCACUCACAGGACCUCCCAGAAAACCCAGGGGACUUUCAGGGUCUGACGGGCUCUUUAGAAGUCUCACAGACCUCAGGUGAAUCUGCGGGGGCGGAGGAGGAAGUUGAUGACGAGGAAAGGUGGGAAAUGGAGCGCAAAGAAAGACAAGAACGAAGGCAGAGGGAGCUAGAAGAAGCCAAAGAGCGAGAGCGGCAAGAGCUGGAGCAACUGGAGAAAGAAUUGCAGCUUUUGCAAGAGGUGGAGCAGUCAAAACAGGUGACAGAAGAAGAAGAAACAGAAGUUAAGAAGGAGGAGGGGCAGGAGGAAAAGGCAGACAAUGACAGGGAGGAAUCUAAAGGUGAAAAUCCUCUGGAAAAAUACAUGCAAAUGGUCCUGGAAUCACGGGAGAAGCAGCGUCCGCAGGAAGAGGAAGCUGUACAAACGACUCCAGAGGAAAAAAGUUUGUCUUUGGAGAAAGAAGAAAGCAUUGCAGCUUUUUCUGCAAAAGAAGACGACGAUGAUUUCUGGUGAGCAGAUUUUUCACCGAAUCCCACAAACCCGCGUAAACCCGCCAUCUUUCAAAAGGAGGAAACACGAUGUAUGGAAGACUUUGCUUUUUAAUGUAUUGAUUGCAUAUGUGCAAAUACAUUUUUUAUUACUUAAGAAUCACAGAAAUGAGAACAAUCAUAUCUUUUUUAUGUUUUUUUUUUUUUUUUUUUUAUCUUCUUUUAAUAAAAACCAUC